GAAUAAUUUGUAUUAUUUCAGAUGUGUGUUCCUCUCAGAUUGAUGAACUGAGACAAAGACGCAUCCACACAAAGAUAGAGAAUCGACUUCAACUUAUAGCCUUCGACAAAGUCACACAAAAGUUCUUAUGCAAAGUGUGCCACAAGUCAUUCAAAAACAGGGACAGCUUAUUAGAUCAUGCACGACUACACACUGGAGAAAACCUGCACAGCUGUUCAUUCUGUAGUAAACAGUUUGUUAGUAAUUCUAAGUUGGUCACACAUCAAAGGACUCACACAGGAGAGAAACCAUUUCAGUGUAAAAUAUGCCUUAAAACAUUUGGAGACCGUUCAUCUCACAUAAGACAUAUGAAAAGAACCCACUUGUUUCUUCAAGAACCCACUUGAAACAAUGAUCUCAUUUCUGUACAUAAACAAACAAUUCUGUAGUAAACAGUUUACAAGUAAUUCUAAGUUGGUCACACAUCAAAUGAUCCACACUGGAGAGAAGCCAUUCAAGUGUAAAAUUUGCCUCAAGGCAUUCAGAGAGCUUUCAUCUAAAAACAAUCAUAUGACAAGAUGACACAUGAACUAUAUAAAUUAACAAUUGUAAAGUGUAAAACAUUAGAUGACUUCAUGUCACACCAGACAUAUGAAAAGAACCCACUUGAAGCAAUGUACAUAUAUAUACAUCUUUCAUGUCACACCAGACAUAUAAAAAGAUCUCACUUGAACCAAUGAUCUAAGUGUCUGUAUAUAAACAAACAAUUUUGAAUGUAGUGCAAAGCAUUAAGAGACCCUUCAUGCCACACCAGAACUAUGAAAAAACUUACAAGACUUCAAUUCUGUCAGUGUAAAAAAAUCAAAUUAAAAAUUUAUAUCUUCCGGGUGCAUGGAGACUAUUGCUUCCUACUACUAUAUGAAGAUGAAAAAGAUUGACAG